GAUUUUUUCCCAUCUUCUUCCAAGUAGUUAAGCUGUAUUGUAUUCGAUUUCAAUCAUCACACCUCUCUCUGUUUCUCUCGGUUUUUUUCUCUCUCUCUCUAGAUUAAUUUUUUAGAGUUCAAUUUGAUUCAUGGCAGAAAAGAAUUCAACAAUUGUGUUGAAGGUUGAUCUUAAUUGUUCAGAAUGCUGCAAGAAAAUCAAGAAAACUCUAUGUAGACUCAGUUGUGAAAUUCGGAGCCAGAUAAUCGAUGAAAAGACGAACACAGUGGUGAUCACUGGUCCGUUUGAUCCCAAUUGCAUGGCCAGUAAGCUAUGUUGCAAGGCAGGAAAAGCGAUCAAAAGCUAUGAAAUCAUACUUCCUAAACCGGACCCACCGAAAGAGCCUGCUCCUGCACCAGAACCAGCUCAAAAGAAACCAGAAACAGCACCUGCACCAGCUCCAGCGCCAAAGGAACCAGCACCGGCACCUGCACCAAAGGAACCAGAACCAGCACCGGCACCUGCACCAGCACCAGCAGCAAAGGAGCCAGAACCAGCUCAGAAAGAACCAGAACCCACACCAGCACCGGCACCCGCACCAGCGCCUAAGGAACCACCACUACGUGUACCAAUUAUAUUUGAACCUGAACUGAUGACAGUUCCUGGAUUUCCACCAAAUUUCGGGACAUGUUGUGGGCAAUGUUAUCAAGGACAUGGUGGAGGGCCAUGUUACAAUGGUUUUGGAGCACCACUACCCUUUUUCGAUGAUUAUAGAAGGCCACCAUCACAACCACAGCCAUGUUUUGAUGGUUUCGGAAGGCCACCACCGCAACUACAACCGUGCUUUGAUAAUGGUUAUUAUGGAAGAAACAAGGGUUAUGUUCGUUGUGAUUAUUUUAGUGAAGAGAACCCAGCUAGUUGCACAAUCAUGUGAGCAAACUUGGUGGUUGGUCACUUAUAUCUUCAAUUGAGUUUUGGUCACAUAAGAUGCCUUAUCUAGCGCAAAUGAUGAUCAGUAGAUACUUUUUAAUAUAUAAAUUGUAUGUGUCGUGCAAGGAUGCCCUACAUACGAGAAAAGCUCGAUUUGUUGUGCCCUUUUGGUUGAAUUUAAGAGAUAUAUCUGUCGACAAAAUAUUCGUGGGUCUUCUUUCUUA